AUGAAAAACAUCCGCCCUAACUAUGAUUUGCAAGAGCUCCACGAAGAGAUCGCCAAAGACAAUGAGUGGCGGACAAACUUCCGAUACCUGCCCACAGCCACGAAGGCCAAUUUAAAAUUCCAUGUAGCAAGCCGCAAGAAGGAGGACAAGCAAGAAAAGAGGCUGCUGAUUGGCAUUCAAAAGAAUGCUAGUGGAGCCCGUGUUUACGCACGAGUACACAGGUCUUCUUCGAGCGGCCAGUCCAAUCUGGUGAACCUCUACUUUGACGAUGGCUAUGUCGUCAAAUUACAUCAACAGCAAGAAGAGAAUGAUUUGAAGCUGCUUCGAGAAAUCGAGUAUCAUGAACCUUUCAACUGCCUUGAUAAGGUAGGCAGCGGCAAUUGGCGCAAGUCACUUCGAUUCCUGGUCUUGUACUAUUUCCUCGAGCAGAAUACUCCUGGUCUUGAACGACUUACAUUGACAAUCGAUGGACUGGAAUUGCUAAAGAAAGCAUGUAAGAUCAUCGCCAUCGAGGCAAGUAUGGAGCAGAAGAAGCCAGCGCGCGCUCUUCUAGCUCUCCCAACGACUGCUUGCGACAUCACCAAAUCCGAGUCUGACAGAUCCGGAAUCGAAUUCGACGAGGAGCUUGAGAAGGAGACGCUUGUUAAGCAGGAGCUCUUGGUAUUCCUGCCACUCAAAGCACCUGAGAAUGAUUCUAUACGGGCGCUUGAUAACAUGGUACAUCGACACAACAACGUUUCCACGAAACCACUCCCGAAAACGAAGACCUAUCGUCAGGAACCGAAUGUGAAACAUGAACCUGUACCAGAGAUGUCCGAAUAUGCAUCCAAGCCCAAGAGGAAGAGGCCUGCAAGCGAUGAAGCCGCGGGAGAAGACGAAAAGGAAGACCCAGUACUAUUGUGUGGCCGCUUGAAGCGCGUCGUACGACAGGAAAUUGAGGGCCUAGAAGAGACAGAAUCAGCGCUCCAAGACGCACUAAAUGCGCAGGCCAUGUCACUCAACGAAGCUCUGCAGUCGAGAUCUGAUCUCGAAAAGGCCUUGCUAGAUGCCGAGGCAAGGGUACAGACCGAGCAGGCAACGAAAGCGGCUACGGAGACAAAGUUGAACAAGGUGGAGAGUGAGUUGAACGACAAGAGGAAACUUGAAAAACGCGUUGACUCUUUGUACACCUGA